GUUUGCCCAGGCCGCCCUGGCGGGCGCCGCGGCGCUCGGGUGCAGGGGCGAUGCGGCGCUAUCUCCGCCUCGUGGUGUUGUGUCUCGCCUGCGGCUUCUGCUCGCUCCUGUAUGCCUUCAGCCAGCUCGUCGUGUCCCCGGAGGAAGGGGUGGGCGGCGGCGGCGGCGGGAAGCCGCAGGCCGCGCAGGCUUCCUGGCUCCCGGGCGCCGGACGCGGCGCCGCGAGAGGGGCGGACGCCCUGAGCCCCGCGACGCCUCCCGGCCAUUCCCACAGGUGUAAAGAUUUCUCUCAGUGUUACUGGAAUUCAUAUUGGAUGCUGCCCUCUGAUGUUUGUGGAAUGAACUGCUUUUGGGAAGCGGCUUUUAGGUAUAGUGUGAAAAUGCAGCCUGUUGAGAGAAUGCACCUAGCUGUGGUUGCCUGUGGUGAAAGGGUGGAAGAAACUUUAACCAUGUUGAAGUCAGCUAUCAUAUUCAGCCUCAGGCCUCUACAAUUCCAUAUUUUUGCUGAGGAUCAGCUACAUGAUAAUUUUAAAAGCACGCUUGACAGCUGGUCAUUUCUACAUGCGUUUAAUUAUUCAUUAUACCCAAUAACUUUUCCAAGUGAGAAUGCAGCAGAAUGGAAAAAGCUCUUUAAGCCAUGUGCUUCCCAGAGAUUGUUUUUGCCGUUAAUCCUGAAGGAAGUUGACUCGCUAUUGUAUGUCGACACUGACAUCCUUUUCUUACGACCUGUUGAUGAUAUUUGGUCUUUACUGAAGAAGUUUAAUUCCACACAAAUUGCUGCAAUGGCGCCAGAGCAUGAAGAACCUCGAAUUGGAUGGUAUAAUCGCUUUGCCAGACAUCCAUACUAUGGGAAAACUGGAGUGAACUCUGGAGUUAUGCUGAUGAAUAUGACUCGAAUGAGAAGAAAGUAUUUCAAGAAUGAUAUGACAACUGUACGACUACGAUGGGGAGAUAUACUUAUGCCCUUGCUUAAAAAAUACAAACUAAACAUCACUUGGGGUGAUCAAGAUCUCUUGAAUAUCAUAUUUUUUCAUAAUCCAGAGAGCCUUUUUGUUUUUCCCUGUCAAUGGAAUUAUCGACCAGAUCAUUGCAUAUAUGGAAGCAAUUGCCUAGAAGCAGAAAAAGAAGGAAUCUUUAUUCUUCAUGGAAACAGGGGUGUUUACCAUGAUGAUAAACAACCAGCGUUUAGAGCUAUUUAUGAGGCACUGAGAAAUUGUUCUUUUGAAGAUGACAACAUCAAUUCCUUAUUAAAACCUUUAGAAUUGGAACUACAAAAGACAGUGCAUACAUACUGUGGGAAAAUUUACAAAAUAUUCCUCAAGCAGCUUACAAAAAGUGUAAAAGAACAUUACAGACCACCAAAGGAAAGGUGAUUCAUGGUGACCACCAAAGAAGUGAAUUAAAACAACAAAAUAUCAGAUUCUGUGUGAAGAAACAGUCUUUGAUGAAGUGUUUCGGAAGAAAAUUUUCAUCUUCAGAAUAUUUUUUUCCCUAAAUGUUAAAUGAGUAGUGUUCAUAUAAUGAGGAAUGUUUGCUUUUGACUCCCAACAAAGACAUUUUUAUACCUGAUUUUUUUGUUAUUUGCUACCUUUCCAUCAUUGAAAAUGUUAUCGAAUGGUUGUAGCUUACAGACUUUGGUUGAUGCUCAGUCUGAAACGUGUAAGCAUGGUAGGGGUAUAUAGAUGGCGAAGAUGUACCUCAUAUACAGUGAAAACACUCAAGCUGUGAGUCUAGCAAUAAUUUUAUGACAGCACUAACCUCACUUUAAAUGUGUGAGAAAAAGUUGUUUACAGGAGCAGAAAAGGUUCUGUUUCUAAACUAAAUGUGAUGUAACUGAUAUAACCAUUGACAAUCUAUAUGUGCCUUUAUGCAUUUCAUCUCUGUUAUAAAUUUUUUGGUGACAAUCAUGUUUAAAAUUAUUUUUAGAUAAUAAGCUGCAUAUUUGAAAUUGAACUAUAAGAAAGAAAACUAAACAUUUUGAAGUAAAUUUUUUAGGUCAUCUAAGAAAUGGAGUAGCUAUUUUGAGAUUUUUUAAAAUUUAAAUAAAAACUUUCAACUUUACUGGGCAUUCUGGAAGCAAAAAAAAAGUGCUGAUCAUAAAGUGAAAACCAAACCUACAUCAAGUCAGAGCACCCAUGAUAGUAGAAAUUUUGAUGGGACAAAGAUGCAUAAGCUCUGUAUUUCUGUAACAGUUACUUUAGUUACAGGGGAGCAGGAAAACAAUCCAUUUAAAUUCUUACUCUUCUACCUCAAAAUGGUUUUGCAAGAUAUUUUUGAACAAGUAAAUUCUUCCUAAGGAGCCUCGCCUUACUGUAUGAAAGUUUGACAGUGUUCAUGAAUGAUUUAGAUUAAGAGGAUUGUUACAUCUGAUUGUAGACAGUUAAUUAUCCUUCAAUUUAGCAUCACUUCAUACAUAUAAAAAAGGUUGAUGAUAAGAAAAAAAUCCUUUUAAUAUCCUAAUCACUAAUAGACUAGUAUUUUGAGCAUGUGACACAGAACAUUUUAUCAUACUCAUUUUGUUCUCAAAAUGUUUUUUCUAUUUUUGAUACUUUAAUACUAAAUUUUGAUAUUUUUAUAUUUAAUUUUAUAGUUUAAUACUAGAUGGAAAAGAGAUAGUCAUGAAGAAAAAUAUUUUACAUGAAAAUUGAUUUUAAGAACAUAAAGUGCUCUCUAGAGAAUAUAUAGAAAUAAGUAUAGAUGUCUCCUAUCUUUUGCAGUUCAAUCAAGACAUAUAGAAAGUCACAUUAGAAAUUGAUCUCCAGAGCCCAGCACUCUUAGAUGACCUUAAAUACCAUCUGUACUUCCUUGGCAAAAUACUCUGGCAAAUUUAUGAAAUUUUGCCCUGGCAAAUUUGUGUUGGAAUUUAGUUUGCUCAGUGGAAACUGGGAAUGCUAGAAAUUUGAAAUUUGGAGGGUUUAUCUUAUAAGAUAAUUCCUAAUGUUUGUUUAAUGAGGCCAUUGCUUGCCUAAGAUAUGUUAUUGUAAGGGAACUUCAUGAGAACAGAUUGAACCCAUUGGAGACUCUAAACAUACUGUUUCUAGCAAAAUUGGUGAGAAAAUCUAGAAAUUACACAAAAAUUAAUGGAAUAGUACAAUGAUAUUUGUAGUUUAGAUUACUUGUUAACAGUCAUCUUUCUCUUUUCUACCUGGAUUAUUUUAAAGUCAGUCAGACAUAUGAUUUCAUUGCUGUGAACAUUUUUAUCAUGAUAAUUACUUCAUUUUAUAUCCAGACCUUAAGCAAAUUAUCCAGAUUUCAUCAGUGUCAGAAUUAGGAUACAAAUUAAGUAACCUGAAUUUUUAAAAGUAUUCAGGGAUUUUGAUGUCCUCUAGUUUGGAAACUACUGGAAAUUAUUUUGCCAACUUGAAGCUUGGGUUAGGAUAUCACGAUCCUUGGGAAAGUUGGUAGAUUAUAAAUAGUUUCUUAACUACUUCAAUAAUGGAGUUGUUAACAAGCUGUGAAAUUUAUAUUAUUAUAAAUUCUUUAGAUUUUAUUUCCUUACAAAGAAUCUCAACCUUAUGUGUUCUAAAAUAAUUAGUACUAUGAAGUCAUGUUUAAUCCAAAAAAUGUAUAUUGUGAUUAGGUCAUGAGUAAAUGCAUAGCUGUUUUUUCCUAUGAAGAGUAGUUCAUUAUGUGUAAGAUAACCAAGUUAUCUAAAUACUUUAGGGCUCUCUCAGUCUUGCUUCCAGUCAGGUAUAGCAUUGUUAUUGUUUUUGUGAAUAAAAGAAUCAGGUUAAACUAGAUGAGCAUUCUUCAAAUGCUGGUCCAUAGGUGUAAAAUGGCCAAAAACCACUGGUCUGCUCCCUAGGUCAUGACCGCUAGUUCGUGGACAGGCAUGCAAGACCAGGUGUAGGUUUGCAGGCUUACAAAGACUGAAGAAUGCUGAACUAGGUAAUUUUCUUAUUCAGAGAGAGAAGAUAUCAUUUAACCUUCUCUUGUGCCUUAGAUUUAUAAAAAUCAGCAGGCCUUUCCAACCUCACAAGAUGAGACUUAGAUGAGAGUCAUGGGUUUGAAAGCACUCUGUGUAGCUUAUGCCAUGGUUAUGCCAUACCAGCAUUAGUGUUGAAGUUUUAUUUUGCCUUUUUCUUGUACAUUCAGUUCCCUUAAGCUGAAUGUUUUCUCACAUGUUUUAGUACCUCUAGUAUGAAGGGAGAGAUGCUUUUCUUGGGUGUAGUGGUACCUUAGAAAUGAAAUCUAGAGUAUCUUACUUGUAAAGUAUAUACUUUGCCACUGAACUACACAUCUCUGACCAGUGGGAAAGAGUUUUUAUGGAAGAAAAAAGCAGAGAAGAAGGAUAUGAAUGAAUGGUACAAAGGGAAGGAAAAGAGAGGAAGUGAGAAAAGUGAUGGGAGAGAAAGGAAAGAGUGAGAAUGGUAAAGGGCAGAAAAAGAAAAGAUGGAAUGAGUGAGAAAAUCAAGAAGUGGAAAUGGAAAGAAAUGGUGUAGAAAUAGUCAUUUUUGGGCUGUCGCCCUCCCCCCUGUGCCACUGUGUUCUGACCUUUCUUGAGGUGAGUCUUCAGAUAUAAGGAAAGAUCUGAGGGUCUUCAGAUAUAAGGAAAGGUGUUUGCUUUCAUGGAAGGGAGAACAGUUUUUAUUUGUUGAUACUAGAGUAGUUUCUUCUUAGUCUAGUUACUGAUCAUGUAUUGAAGAUCAUUUAAAAAACUGGAUCCCAGUUAUAAGCUAAGAACCGAGGAAGUACCAGGACAGGUAUCUUCCAUCUUAACAUUAUCCUUUUAAUUUCUUCAGAUUUUGACUAAGCAAGACUUAACAUAUAGAUUCACAGAACAAAUAGUCGGGGGUGGGGAGGUUUUCACAUUACCUUUAAGGUGGCCCUGGGACAUAUCACGACAGUUUUCCUAGGUGCUUGCUGGGAUACCAGGGCUAGGAACCCUCCCUCCCUUAUAUUGACAGCUUACAAAUGAACUUACCUCCCACUGAUUUCUCAGUAGACAUACUUUCAGUUGAGUUAUUAUGAAUUGAUUUAAGAGAGAACAGAAGACAGUAAAAGUAUAUUAAAGGAAAAAUGCUUCAAAGAUAGUAUUUACUGUCUUCUGUUUUCAAAGUUUAUAUUGUAAGAAGUAGCUCUCUUAGGUAGAAACUGGAACCAUACUGAGGUGUUUUUAGAGACCACUAACCACUUUUUAAAAUAUCUUUUUAAUUCCUUAGAGAAGAAAUACAGGAAUGAAGUAUGCCAAGUAAUAGGGCCAUAUUAAUCCAUUUCUUAAAAGUAGUUCAGUAUUUGAAAUAACAUCCUUAUUAUGUUUUAAUAUUUAGUACAGCUAGAUAGAAUAAUGAUUAGUACUAAACAGGUAUCCUUUUAUACAUUUCCAAAACAGCCAUGCCUUUUCUUUUGUCUAUUAAGUCUGGCAAAAUUGAGUUCUGAUGUUUGUUUCCUUUCCCACCCCCCCCACCCGCUAUGUCAUUGAGAGCCAAACCCAGUACCUUAAAGUACAAGGUAUGUGUGCUACCACUGAACUGUGUUUGGUUCCUUGAUAGCUGUGGUGUUUUGUAUAAACUUAAGUCUGAGUGAUGGCAUAAGACAUAUUGAGAAGAACAUGGAUAGCAUAUUGGACUUGGAAAUUCAAAAGUAUUAUAUUGUGAAGUUAGACAUAUUUAAAUGAAAUAGAUUUUUUUAUUUAAGCUCUACAAAUAUCCAAUUGGAUUGUUUAGUAUUUUCUAGAAAUUAUAAAGCAAAAGUGAACCUCUUACAGAAUUCAAAAAUCAGGUCUAAUGCUAUAAAUACAAUUGGAGGAUCUGUAGCCAGACAUUUUAAUACUGUAUUUACGAACUGAUGUGGAACCAUUGAUUAGUUUAUAUAUUUAGUCUGAAUUUAUGAGCAUAUACACACACACUUAACAACAUAAUAAAGUUUUGCAAAAUUUGUAGUGAAUGCAGCAGUGUAUAUUUUAUUUUAGAAGUACUGGGGCCAGAGAGAGCGCACAGCAGGGAGGAAGUUUGCUUUGCACACAGCAGAUCCUUGACACUCAGUAUGGUCUCUCAAGCACUGACUGAAGUGAUCCCUGAGCAAUACCAGUUGAGGCCCCAAAACAAAAACUAAAAGUAAGACUUUUACUAUAAUAGGAAAUAGCCAUUUUUAACUUUUGUAUAAAAUCAAACAGGCCUAUUGUUUCUGAUGUCUGAUGUCAUAGAUCUUUGAAGAAAAUGAUGGUUUUCAUUUCUUCCUGAAAUCAAAAGCUGGAAAAACUUGGAGUAUCUUCAGUUUUUCAAAUGUAUUUUACAUAGUCUUUUGCUUAGAAAUGGUUUAGAAGUUGUAGAAAGAAAGUACCUUGGUUUACUUUAAUAUGUAGAAAUUACUACCCAAAUGAUGAUUAGUACUAAACAGGUAUCCUUUUACACAUUGGAUACAUAGAUUGUCUUUUUUUAACCUUAAAAUAUGAGUUUUAGGAUAAUUUGGAUAUCUGAGUAUUUUUUCUAUUUUAAAUUUGUUAUUUUUUACCUUUAUUAAAGUGGAUAUAGGAUUAUAGAUUCCAGUGAUAACAGAAUAAUGAAAACUUGUUUGACUCUGUCUUGAGAAGUUAAACUUUUUCUCUAGAAAAUGUUACAUUGCUAAAUAAAUAUCUACCCAAUAAAUGUUUAUUUCUUAAA